AUGCCGUCCAAGGCCUGCUCGGUGGCUCUUGCCAGCGCUGGCGCCUAUGCGGCUGCCCAGGCCUUCCUGACUCCAUCUGCACCGCAGGUGAGCCGGGAACAGCAGGUGCGGCACCUGCGCCAGCAGCCGGCUGAGGCAGCCACUUCCUCCUCCUGCGCCUCUGCAGGGGCGCUGGCGCUUGGCGUGGCUGGCGUGGCAGCGGCGACCGCGCAGAGCAAGCGCACCGUGCGGCGCCAGGUAGUUCGCCAGGCCACGGCCACCGCAGAGAAGACGGAGAAGGCCUUCGCAAAGAUGCCGGCGUCCGUGAAGCCAGGAGUGGUCACGGGCAAGGCGCUGGUGGACCUGCUGAACUACGCCAAGGAGAACGAGUUCGCCAUCCCGGGCGUGAACUGCGUGAGCACCAGCUCCAUCAACGCCUGCAUGGAGGCGGCAAAGAAGGCCAAGGGCACCGUCAUGGUGACCUUGUCUCGUGGCGGCGGCCAGUUCAUUGCCGGCAAGGCUGCGGACAACACCGACGAUGCUGCCUGCAUUGCGGGCACUGUGGCGGCAGCGCUCCACGUGCGACAGGUGGCCAAGCUCUACGGCGUGCCUGUGAUCCUCCACACAGACCACUGCCAGAAGGCCUGGCUGCCAUGGUUCGAUGGCCUCAUGGAGGCAAACGAGGAGUACUUCAAGCUGCACGGCGAGCCCCUCUUCUCGUCCCACAUGCUGGACCUGUCGGAGGAGCCUUUGGAGGAGAACAUUGCCAUUUGCAAGAAGUACUUGGAGCGAAUGGCCAAGAUCGACAUACUGCUGGAGAUGGAGUUGGGUGUGACUGGCGGCGAGGAGGAUGGCGUGGACAACACGGAUGUGGACUCUUCCCGUCUCUACACGCAGCCUGAGGAGGUUUGGCAGGUCUACGAGGAACUCUCCUCCGUGCCCAACGGCAACUUCACAGUGGCGGCUGCCUUCGGCAACGUGCACGGGGUUUAUGCCCCGGGCAACGUGGACCUGAAGCCGGUGAUCCUGCACAACACUCAGAAGUACGUGAAGGAGAAGCUGGGCUGCGAGAGCGACAAGCCCAUGUCCUUUGUCUUCCAUGGCGGUUCGGGCUCCUCGCUUGAGGACAUCCGCUAUGCCAUUGAGGCGGGCGUGGUGAAGAUGAACAUUGACACCGACACCCAGUGGGCCUUCUGGGAUGGCAUGAACCAGUACCAGAAGAAGAACAAGGACUACCUGCAGGCCCAGAUCGGCAACCCGGAGGGGCCUGAGAAGCCCAACAAGAAGUACUACGACCCUCGCAUGUCCCUGCGAGCGGGCGAGGAGGUCAUGGCAGACCGUCUGGUGCAGUGCAUGGAGGAUCUGAAGUGCAUUGACCGCCUUUGA